CAAGAGUAAUCCAUUUGUAUUUAUACCAAAUUUAUCCGUUGAGUUUAGUUGAGUUGCAGCCACUUAAUUAAUUGGUUCGAAAUGUGUAACCUUCUUUGGUGACAAGUUCGAUAGUUGCCCUGAAAGCUCACAUGUAUUUUUUUGAUUGGUAAGAUAUAAACUUGUCCCAACAUGUGUCACCUUUCAAUUUACAAAAAAUUCCACUGUGGCCAUCCAAACUAUUUUCUGUUUAAUAUUUUGAAACUGUUUUACAAAGAGACACUAAACAUGCAGACGCAAAACGGCGACAUCCUCGGCGUGGCCGGCAUAGACGUCCCAAUCUCCCAGAUCAAACGGCUGAUCCCGCAGCACAAGGUGGGCGUCAACGGGUACAUCUUCAUGGUCACCAACAACGGACUGGUGGUGUUCCACCCGGGGAUGCGCCCGAUGUUCAACGGCAUCCUUAAACCUGGCUACAACAGUGUCGACAUGACCGAGCUGGAACAGGAGGACGUGCCCUUUCUCAGAAACAUGAGCAAGUCCAUGAAAGAGUUGCGCGAACUUAUCGUGAACCAAACAACGGGGUCGGUAGUCCUGUCUAUCAGGCAGGUCUAUGACAACUGGCACCGAGUGUCCCGGUGGAACCGCCGCUACCACUUCCAGGGCGUGCCGGACACGCCGUACAGCAUGGUGAUGGCCGUCCCGGAGGACUACGGCGCAUUCCGCGUCGAAUCGGGCGGCACAGCAGACAAGCUGCCGGGCAUGCUGGCGGCGGAGCGCAACUGGGCGGUGCACCCCGACUGGUCGUACUGCGCGUGCUGCGGGGUGCCAGGGCGCCAGGGGCUGCACAACCGCACCGUGUUCGCGCGCGGCCUGCAGCAGGGCCGAGGCAGGUGCGCGCGCUGCGAGGGCGCGGUGGGUGGCGCCUGUGCCGACUCCAGUCUGGGCGCCGCGCUGGCGCAGGACGUGGAGUGGACCAAGCCGUGGUUCGCACAGGUCAGCAGGGACGCUACCGUCGACAAGAGGUGGCAACUAGGCAACGUCUCCAUCGCCUUCAUGGCGACGCACAGCGGGCUGACGCGCUGGGUCACCAUGUCCAAGAACACCGUGGUGCGCGACGACAUCGACCAGCAUGUGCGCCGAAUGGAAGCGUCGCGCGGCCCGGACGAGGUCUGGUACCGGCGGGCCGUCGAGUCCGCCGCGGCAGCUGCCUCCGUGCACCAGCCAGCGUACCAGAUGGACCAGGUGGACCACUGGGUCGUGAGCGUCCCUCUGGUGGACGAGCCUGAGGCGGACGUGUACAGCGAGUACAACGCGGCUUACGACCCGGAUGACCCGUGGGCUGCGCGCAAGGCCGGACUGGCUGACCACUGGCUCACCAAUGGAAUGCCGACCCGAAACCCCAACGAUGAAACAUACCGGCAGGAAGUGCUGGAAAAGGCGCUCUCCAAGCAGGUUACCAUGACCGCGGCCGUGUUCAAGAAGAAGGCCCCCGCGGCCGUCGCAGGGUUGCGCUUUCCACAAGGGACAAUCCGAUUUUUCUUUGAAAAAACAGUCGGAACUCUCGAUUGCCCCGGGACGGUGGAGCGUUGCGGCGACACGUGCGCCUCCGACAAGCUGGACUGCUUCCUGGUCGACGAGCACGCCAUCGUGGUCGCGGACGAGACGAGGCUGCAGGCCGGCCGGCCGCUGGCGCUCGUCAACAGGGACCUCAUGGUGCGCCUCGAGGCGGCCAAAGUGUUCCAGCGCGUCACCGUGUCCGACUACCAGGGCGUGUGUCGGCGCAAGGACAAGCACGGCGACUCUGAGGACGAGGAGGAGCCUGCAGCGCCGUCCACCACACCCGUGCCACCCGUGCCUCUAACUACUCCCAAGCCUAACCGCUGGUUUACACCCGUGGAAGGGCCGGCCGCCACGGACUUCCAAGUCAGGCUACGUCACGCCCUCAAGCCACUCCGGGUCAAGAAGACCAUCCUACAGCUGUGCGACAUGAAGGUCGACCUCCACCGCCUCGGCCCCGGCCUGCACCACCGUCAAUCCCUACCUCCCCUCAGCUGCGAAAAGAGGUCGUUCGCCGCGGCCGCCGUCCCCGGCACCAACCUGGUGCUGUUGACGGCGCUCAACAACUGCCCCCAGCUGGAGCAGCUCGAGCCGUUCGCGACAAAGCCCUGGGAGGCCACGGUGCGGAGGGGGGAGCCCGUGUUCAGGAAGCAGGGUCUGCUGUGGCCCCGCCGCCGGCCCCCCACGGCCUGCUACCGGGAGCACGUCGGCGAGCGCAACAUCACCCAGUGCGGGGGCGCGCACCGGGACCGCGGGCUGCACCUCGCCGUCCUGGCAGCCCUGGCCGCGCUCCCGCUGCUCACGGCGUCGGCCUGAGCGCGCUGCCAGCCGUCACGCGACGGAUGUGAUCAUCUCGGCAGCUGGCACCGCAAAAUCUAGAGCUGUCUGACUUGAUUAUCACCUGUAGAGUACGGCGUGACCACAAUGUGCUCAAGUUUUUGCUGUUUUUCCCAAUCCCCAGACUGCGCCGCCGUACUGAGGGUGUAACGUGACCCCCCCCCCCAAAUCUCAUUUAAGCCCUUUUCUGCGUUGUUUCUGUUUCCCACGAUGAUAAAAACAGCUCAAAAUAAUCCUUUACUAUUAAUAAGCGUAGAUAAAGCAAUAAGUCGCAAUAAGUGAAUUGAUGCAAUAAUAGGUAGCAAUUGCAAGUGAAUUGAAAGCAAUAUUAUUAUUCAAUGGCAAUAAACUAAUAACGUUAUCCAUUUGUAAACAAUUAUAUACCUGCAUAUUUAUUUACUAAUUUUAAAAUAUAUUAAUAAA